GUGGCCCCGAAGUGACAGCUGUGAUAAGGACACUUGUAUUAGUAGUUUGUGACACUUGUUUACAAAAAGUAGAAGAUUUAGGUUGUUCGAAAUAAUUUUAAAAUGCUUUCUAUUUCUAUGAUUGAGAGAAAAUGUCUAAGGCAGAUUCUAGUCCUUCGCAGGAAUCUACAUGAUGAAUAUUUAACUACGAAUGAAUGCAAUGGAACAAGAGAAAUCACAUUAUGCCAUGAAAAAACCAAAAAUUCCCUUUCACUGGACAUGAUGGACCACCUCACAAUGGCUAUAAAGGAGAACAACGACAGCAAAAGUUUGAGAGCCAUCGUGCUAGCCGCUAAAGGGAAUGUAUUUUCUGCUGGACAUAAUUUAAAAGAAUUGCACAUCGACAAAGGCAUCGACCAACACAAGUUGGUAUUCAAGAAAGCCACUGAACUAAUGAAGGCCAUAGUUCUGAGCCCAGUGCCUGUUAUUGCAAAGGUAAAUGGAUUCGCAACAGCCGCGGGGUGUCAGCUUGUAGCCACCUGCGAUAUGAUCGUUUGCUCCGACACCAGUAAAUUCUCCACACCUGGCGCAAAUUUCGGAAUAUUCUGUUCAACUCCAGGCAUAGCUGUUGGAAGAUCUGUGCCUAAAUCUCAAGCAAUGUACAUGUUGUUAACAGGAGAACCACUGACAGCUCAACAAGCAUACGAGAGCGGUCUCGUCACAAAAGUAGUACCUGCAAACCAACUGGACGAAGAAGUCAACAAAAUCGUCGAGAAAAUUAAAUUAAAAAGCCGCAGUGUCAUAGGUUUAGGGAAACAAUUUUAUUAUAAGCAAAUCGAGUUAGGUAUAUUUGACGCUUAUAAGCUAGGAGAAGAAAUAAUGGUAAAAAAUAUUAAUGCUGAUGAUGGACAAGAAGGUAUUAGGAGUUUCGUUGAAAAACGGAAGGCUAAUUGGAGUCAUACAUAAAAGAUAGUUGCAUGUUUGAAAUAAAUUCUUUAUUACCAAUAACUAAAUCUAUAUAAACUAAUGCAACCAAAUAUUUUUUUAAGUCGUCGUUGUCUUCGUGUACGGAAGUACUUUACAUUUUUUCGC